CUGUCAGCUGUCAGUGCGUAUGUUUUAUUCCGCUGUGAACGGAGUCGUUUGUUGUGCGCGUGUUUAUUCUCGCCUUUUUUUUGUGUUCUGUCUCAGUUUCGUGCGUGCUAAAACACUGUCCGGCAUCUAUUGCGUUUUUCGGCGGUGAGUAUCGGAAUGCAACGUUGCAUGAGAUAGAAAUUGUACAAAAACGCCCCAGGGAGGGAGGACGUCGAGCACUACCGCUACCGUGAGCCUUUGUGGCACUGUUCGUGGCCAUCAUCAUCGUGGCAAGAGGGUGAGGUACGAUCGUAGAGUGCAUUGAGCGCGAAUGCAAUAGUGUGCGGCGUGUGCGCUUUUAGAGUGUUUUUUGGGGCAACGUAUAUACAUCCGUUUUUCGGUGCGUUUCCGGUUUAAUUACCCUCCCGUUACGAUCCGAAUCUGUGUGUGUGUGUGUGUGUGUGUGUGUGCGGAGGGGCCGCUUUGUAUCGGAACAGUCUGAAGGAGGGGGGAUGAAAACGCAUUGACACGGUUGCUGCUUGUGCGCGCGGGUUUGUGUGUGUGUAUGUGGUUCUUGUUUCUUGGUGGCCGCCGUACCGGAGAGCAAGCGAGCUGGUACCGUUCGAUCGUGCCUUUCGUACGCAUAUUGGAGCCCAAGUAGAGUUGUGUGCGUGUGUAUGUGUUCUUUUGUUUACACCAGUGACCACGGUUACGGGAAUUUCGGUUGUGAUAAGGGGAACUGUGUGUGAAUGAUAAAACGACUAUCCGCAAGUGUAUGGGAAGUGUGUGACGUGAAUACAGGAAAACAUCACGCACUGUGCACCACCAUCAAGGGAAGAAGACGGAGUGACCGGUGCGGAGAGAAACCGACUGACCGGAUAGUAAGUGCUGGGAGCCACCUGUUAAACGCAUCCGAACGUUACUAGUGACGUCAUCUGAUCAUCAAAAAGGGAGGAGUGUUGUUGUAAACCUCGGCCAACUGUGGAGAACCUUUUUUUUCGUCCACUGCGCACAACAGAACAAAAUCAUCGUACGCGCAUAGACAUAGUGCCUUUUUCUCCCUAUUGGACUGCCUGUCAAGAGCCUUCAACGCCGUAUCGCCUGUUAGAUAACAUUAGUGCCUGUAACGAACCGUAACUGUGGUGAGAGUGAAUGCGAUUGUAGAAGAUGCACCUGUUGAACGAGAAAUUGGUUGUGUAACACUGUCAAACGAGUGGGUUCCAAGUUCGUACGAACCUAGAGAAAACCGAUCUGAAGACUGACCCGAAACAAGAGCUUUCGGACGCUGGUCAUCAGCCCUUGGCAGCUUCCUCGCGAUUAGUGAUGACAGUAUCGUUGAGCUGAGGGCAGCACUAAACAUCACAUUUGGUAAAGGAAUCCUAUCUCAAUAAUCUUCAAACCAAACCGUACAUCGGGUAGAGGCAGGUCUGGUCGCAAAGUGACAGACAGCACCAUGCCGAUUCAAAUCGCCAACGAGAGCAACAACAGUGGCGGCGGAGGGGGCAGUGGCCACGAGAUAAAGGUGAAGAUAGCCUACAAUGGCGAGGUGAUGAUCACCUACAUUGACGAGAGCAUCACGUACGACGGUCUCUGCCGGGAGAUGCGCGAAAUUUGUCGCUUUUCGCCCGAUCAGGUGUUUACGAUGAAGUGGGUUGAUGAGGAAAACGAUCCAUGCACCAUCCAGUCGGACACGGAACUGGACGAGGCGAUCCGUUUGUACGAGGUGAAUCGUGAUUCGGAGCUGGUUAUUCAUGUAUUUCCAAAUGUGCCGUCUGCUCCGGGAUUGUCCUGCGUCGGUGAAGACCGUAGCAUCUACCGAAGAGGAGCCAGAAGAUGGCGUAAGCUGUACCGGAUAAAUGGACACAUCUUCCAAGCGAAGCGAUUCAAUCGAAAAGCCUUCUGCGCCUUUUGCCACGACCGUAUCUGGGGUCUGGGCCGGCAGGGAUUCAAGUGCAUCCAGUGUAAGCUGCUGGUGCACAAAAAGUGCCACAAGCUUGGCAAUAAACCGUGCAGCAACGAGCAUGUCGAACCAGUCUUCAAGGAGCGCGAUCACCAUGAUCCGAAUGAUGAAUCGAGCACCGGUGACGUCAUUCAGGCCCCGUUGGACUAUCCGUCCGAGCUGCACUCGGGCGAUGGCUGCGACCAGGUACCGGUCGAGGUAAAUGACAACGUGGAGGAAACGCUGGAACCCGUCACCCAGCGGCAGUACUCGCUGAACGAUUUCGAACUGAUCCGAGUGAUCGGCCGUGGCAGCUACGCAAAGGUAUUGAUGGUGGAGCUGAAGAAGACGCGCCGUAUUUACGCGAUGAAGGUAAUCAAGAAGGCGCUCGUGACGGACGACGAGGACAUUGACUGGGUGCAGACGGAGAAACACGUCUUCGAGACCGCUUCGAACCAUCCGUUCCUGGUUGGUUUACAUUCGUGCUUCCAGACGCCAUCGCGGCUGUUCUUCGUGAUUGAGUUUGUCCGUGGUGGAGAUCUGAUGUUUCACAUGCAGCGGCAGCGCCGCCUGCCCGAGGAGCACGCCCGCUUCUACGCGGCCGAGAUCAGUCUCGCGCUCAACUUCCUGCACGAGAAGGGCAUCAUCUACCGCGAUUUGAAGCUGGACAACGUGCUGCUCGACCACGAGGGCCACAUCAAGCUGACCGAUUACGGCAUGUGCAAGGAGGGCAUCAGACCGGGCGACACGACGUCCACGUUCUGCGGUACGCCCAACUACAUCGCGCCGGAAAUAUUGCGCGGAGAGGACUACGGCUUUUCCGUCGAUUGGUGGGCGCUGGGUGUGUUGCUGUACGAGAUGCUGGCCGGGCGCAGUCCGUUCGACAUUGCUGGUGCUUCCGAGAACCCGGAUCAGAACACCGAAGACUAUCUGUUCCAGGUGAUUCUGGAGAAGACGAUCCGUAUACCGCGCUCGCUGAGCGUGAAGGCAGCAUCCGUGCUGAAAGGUUUCCUGAACAAAAAUCCGGCCGACCGUUUGGGCUGCAAUCGUGACUCCGCCUUCCUGGACAUUAUGAAUCAUUCGUUCUUCAAGAGCAUUGACUGGGAGAUGCUGGCUCAAAAGGAAGUGACACCACCGUACAUCCCCUCGUUCGAUGGGUGCGAUCAGGACAUAACCUGUCACUUCGAUCCGCAGUUUACGCGUGAACCGGCCGACCUGACACCCGACGAUCCUCGCGUCAUCGACAAGAUCGAUCAAUCCGAGUUCGAAGGAUUCGAGUAUGUGAACCCGUUGCUGAUGUCGUUGGAAGACUGCGUUUGACAUCACGCAUCCUGCGAGCUGCAUCCGUACAACAUGCAGCUAUACGGUGACGAUUCUAGCGAUUACGAUUCCGUUGUGGAUGAGCUAAGCAUCCUUCAAUUACCUCCGCCACCAUCGAAGAGUUUGCUGCAGCACAUGUUUUGCCUUCCAUUGAACUAGCCACAAGUGUUGUAGCCCUCUCCGUGCAGCCAAUCUGCAAACUCUUAGCCGAGUGAGAAGGACGGCACAGUGAUGACAGCGACUACCGGGAGGAGAACGUCUCGAUCCAGCAGCCCUCUGUGACACUGUACUGAACCGACAGAAUCACUGCGCAACCUUAACCACGAGAACAGGAAUUACUUCAGCGAUGUGUUUGAUUUUUAGGAGUUAGCUAAAAUCGCGUUCUUAUAUUUUUGAGUACUUUGCGCGGGAGAUGAAAAAUAGAUCCGGAUUAUUUGGUUUUGCGGUCAAAAUGAGAGAUAGAAUUGGUUGUUUUUUUUUUCAUAGCGUACAGUUUUUUGUGGUCAGAGAAGUGUCUAUGUGUGCAUGAUGCGCAAGGGAAGCUAGAAUACAUUCCAUUCAUAAAUUAGUAGUUGAAGAAAUACAGCUAAUGAAUAAGAUAAUGAAACAUAGUAGCAGUAAAACUGAUUGCUGAUCAAAAACACAAACGCAAGCGCGCUGGUUCGAUGACGCUUAUAGGAAGUGCGUAUCAUUUCCUUCCUUUUCUCACUCUCUCUUUCUCUCUAUUUCUCUCUCUGUAAUAUCCAUUUCUGCAACCAUACCGAUGUCGUUAACCUAUACCACAGUCCCAUUUUGUAACGUUUAUUAUCUAUGCUUUGUAUUUUGUAUUUGUACUACAUUGAAGUGUUUUCGCUGCAAAGAAAGAUAGGAAGAAGUUUGAGUAACAAAAAAAAGUGAAACUACAACGGCAACGGAGCGCAAGCAGUGAUGAAACGAACACGAAUGCAUGAUCCGUGACAAAAAGAAAAAGAAAAUCCUUGUUCUAGAAUAACACAAGGCCAGAAUGGAAGAGGAAAAGCAGAAACAAAACACUACAACCUCUAGCAUACUAUGGACACUAAACAUAUUUAACAAGAACUUAUCAUACAAACGUAAAAGAGAGUUUCAAAUUCAAAACACGAACCCCCCCAUACUAAAUCAAACAGUCGCCCUGGUGCAUCAUUGUAUUGCAAAAAAACAAAGAACAAACAAAAAGAAGAUGUAACGAAUAAAAUCACAAUUGCUAUGUAGAAUUAUAGGCGGUUUUGCGAUAAACGAUGAUGGAAUGGAGAAAAACAAACAAACAAACAAACAAUUUAAUGAUUCCGCUACUCCUUGCGCCAAGUUUGCGAAUAUUAGUAGCGCGUGUUGGCAACGCCUGCACGUGGAAGCGUUUUGUUUCCAAUUCUUCCUCUCACUCUCUUUCUCCGAUGCAAAUGCGAUUCGUGUUCGGUUUUGUUUUUCGCGGAGAAAGUGCAUGACUACUGCGAACGAGCAUUAACCACGUAUUAUAAACAAGAAUAGUUAAAAUAACAAAUCAGAAGCAUGUUACAAAUGAUAAAAAAAAAAAACAAAAAAACAUAACAAAAGUUAUACACAAUUGCACAGUAUCGUUAACAAAAGUAGUAGAAUGGUAACCAAACACACAGACGAAAUACAAACAAACAAACAAACAAACAAACAAACACACAUACAUAUACACACACCACGGCUCCAGCAAUUGAUCGUUAAUGUGCGGUUAAUGUUGAUUAAAGAGAAGAAGAAAACAAGAAAACAAAGGUGUGAUAAAGGUGAACAGAUGAUGCUUAUGAGGGCAUAAAGAAAAUGGGUUGAAAAAUCAAAAUUGAUUCAAAGCACAGCUAACAAGCGCACUACUCAGCGAGAAUGGUGUUAUCCGUGAGGUGUAGAAGCUGAAGUGAAGCCACAAGCUAGAAACGGGGGUGUUUAGGUAACAAAUUUACUAUUAAGAAUUACUAUAACUAAAAGGGCGCUAAGAAGAAUGAGAGAAAGAAGGACACACACACACACUGUGUAGAAUGGAAAAAAAACAUAACAUCGGCUAACAGCGGCGUGCGUAGAGGUGCAGCUAACUACUAAUUAUCCUUCGAAAAGGUAAAAUGCAUUAAGGAAAGGAAAGAAGAAAAUUUUAAAAAUUUUAGACAAAAAUUAAAAGAAAAUGCGUUGAAAGCAUGUAAUAGUGCAGGCUGCAGACUAAUGAUCAGAUUCACACGAACUGCUGAAGAAGAAUGUAAAAGAGGGGAGGGAAACGAAACAGCCCGUUCCUAUUCCGGUAUGGUACUGGCGUGUUGGCGGGUGAAGCAGCCAGCAGCGUUCGUCGUAUGUAGUAGUUGUGCCCGUUUUUUGUACAUGAGUUCCCUGUAUGAUGGCAGUAUAUGAUAGCAAAAAUUACACAGAUAUAAAAUGCAACAAACAAACAAAAAUCCAAAAUUCGUAGUAGAAAAAAGCGCACUGCAAACAAAACAGAAGAGAAAAAAAAAUAGGGAAAGGCAAAAAAACAUUUAAAAGAAAAAAAUGCAAAACUCACUGAUAUAAGGAUAUAUUAUAGUAUGUGGAGGAGAUAGGCAGAAAGCAAAAGUAAUUCUCUUGAAGAGCUGUUUGGCACUUUGCAGCAGCGUUUGUUCCACCCUUCCAUCCGGAUUGUUUUGAAUGAGUGUUGUGAGUAUAUUUCCCCGUUUGUUAUUUGUUUUGCAUUUAAAAAAACAGCGAACUCGAAUUAGAUAAAAAAGCAGCAAAUCGGUGUAUCGGUUACGUCCUUCAAAUCGAAUUGUUAUUAAAAAUCCUAUUGACUGUAUUCCCUAUUUCGUGUUCGUAACAAAGAGCUGACAGAGCCUGAAUAUUUAUCGUGACUUGUUUUAAAAACGGCCCUCCUCCCCCCUCCAAAGGAGAGCAACGUUUUGCUGCAACGCAACCAAACUGAGACGAAGGUUUGCAGUAUUUUGAUAUGAUUGUUGUUGGUGAUAAUACGUACGAUUUUUGAAUCGACAUUGUUUUUCUCAAAAUCUGUGUAAAAGAAUAUGUUUUUUCUGCCUAAUAGAAACGAAAACUAAAGGAUAGCGCCAGAUGAACCGAUCACAAGCGAGAGCAGGGUAGAGAAAGCGAGACACCACACCUUUCUUGUGUAGAGUAUAACGGAAUCAUCGAGCAGAGAGAGAGAGAGACCUAUCGAUGUGAAAUGUGUAGUAAGAAUGGGUUUUUGAUUUGCAUUCGUUACUUAUUUGGUUCUAUUUUUUAACUUUCCGUUCCAGAAUAGGUACUUACGUUUGUACUUUUCUUACAUAUUUAACAAAUGAUUUCCUGUCGGGGUUAGCUCCGUUCUUUCAACGUGUACGUUACAUUACCAUUCUCAUGCAGCAGCAUUUUUUGUCUUGUUCUUCUUCAAAGUUUAGUUUAUAAUAAGUUACUUUUAUUACUAGCAACGAUAUGCAUACAUAUUAUAUUACAUAUAAAAAGCUACACAACCGAUUCAGUAUCCGACAUACAUGAUGUAUUUAAUAGUAUUUUUGCUUUUUGCGCACUUAGGGUAAAUAGUUUACUGUGUGUUUCUUUUUUUUAUAGCAGCAAUUUUUGUGUUUUUUUCUGUAUUUCUUUUUAUCCAACCAUCUUUGAUCCAAACCAUCUUCUUUUUUCCCGUUCUUAUCUCAACUUCCCCUGAAUGAGAUUGUGUGUGUUUGUUUUUCUUUCAUUAAAACAUACCCUGUUUAGCCCAAAAAAUACGAUUAACUUAUAACUGAAACACACACACUAAUAACACAGGAGCGGAGAAACAGGCAGUAUCGAGGGAAUAAAAAUUAAACUUAAAAGAACAAAAAAAAAA